CAGCCUCUUGCCCAAAAAGGAGGUCGGAACAGGUAGUGGGUGUGGCUUUAGCCUAUAACAAUAUUUAAGACGCGUUUUACAGGAAGAAAAGGGAGACAGACUGCAACACUUCAGCACACGGUGCCAGUGGGCUAAAGCGUUUAAGGGCUUCACAUAAACAUGGAGGAUUCACCAGAGAAGAGCUAUGACCCCUUUGAUAGCACUUUGGUGUUUAUCGACAGGAAGGAUGACCUGGAUCCAUUCUCCUCAGAAGAUGGAAAUGGACAACUCAGGGCGCAGAUGUCCUGUGGUCAUGCUGUUACUCCUGAUUCUCUCACACAGUUGUGUCGCCACCAACUGGACCAGGGUAAUUAUAAAUUCAAAUGCCCUGCAAUAGUGGAGGGCACAAGACGAUGCAAUAAGCCCUGGUCUUAUCAGGAGGUGCGCCGUUUGGCUGAUUUGUCUGUAGAGGAGAUGCAGUACUUUGAGGAGAACAUCGCUCGUCUGGCUGCUGCGGAGCACAGCGAGAUUCAGCCUUGUCCUCGAUGUAAAAGUAAUGUUGAGAGGAAAGAUCUCACUAACCUGUGUGUGGUGUGCCCUGUGUGCACUGCUGAUCAGGGGAAGAGCUAUCAGUUCUGUUGGCAGUGCCAGAAGCCUUGGAAAGGAGCAGCUCCGCGCUCUGAUCACUGUGACAACGAUGGCUGCUCCAACAAGAACCUGGAGCUUCUGCAAACCUGUAAAACCAUCGACCUGCCUAAAGUGCAGGGGGUCAUAAACUGCCCCUCUGUCCGAGCCUGUCCUAAGUGUGGUGCAAUGGUAGAGCAUAGUAGAAAAUACUGUAAGAACCUCAUUUGUCCUCGUUGUCAAGCCGAGUUCUGUUUUGUGUGUUUAAAACUUAAAAAGAUUUGCAAUAAGACCAGUACACCAUAUAACCUGUGUCAAGGUGGAGUGGCCCCAAGACAGACUUCAAUCCCAGUGUGGAACAAAUCUAGACACGGAAGGGAAAGGGAAAGUGUACGGGAAUAUGAGGACUUUAUUGUGGAACAUCUCAGAAUAUUUGAACAACAAAGACAGCAAAUUAGAUUAUUAGAUGGAAUCCACUAAAGCCCUUUUCAGCUUGAUAUAGGCCAAUUGAUUGAUAUUUCCGUCAAGACACUUAGUAUUAUAAAACCAGUUCAGCAGAAUGAUGUAACUUUGAAUUAUUUGUUUUUUGAAUUGAUAAUUCAAGAUGUAGCCUAAUCUUUUUUCAGUGAUUGAACUGAGAUGUCUUUCAUUAUCUUGUUAGCUGGUGUUGCAAUACAAAUGCUAUCUUCACUUUGACCAGUUCAAUAAAUGUAUAGAUAUUUUCCUGACUCUUUCUCUUCUACUUAAUAAAGAUAACUUGCCUCUA